UGCCCGCCGCCGGCAAACUCCAAACGUAAAGAAAUUCCAGCUCGCCCAAUCAAUAUGCCCGCGCCGCCUCGCCAUACCCGAAGCAAUAUUGCGCCCGGACCAGCCAGAUGGCAACUGCUCCCAGGGGCCUGGCCGUCUCAUUCGCAGCGCCCUGCGGCCGUCGCCCUCCAAGAGGAAGUCGUGCGAACGGCUCGUCUCUAGCUAGCGAUCCUCCUCGCUCUAAAAAGCUUUUGCGAGUAGCCGCAUGUGACGCCGAGCCCCCCUGGGCGCAUUGGCGCACCAGCGCGAGCUAGCGACUUGUUUCCUGGGGGAAAGCCGGGGCCAUCCCAACGUGCAUUCAAUACUUAAAGCGCACCCAGGUGUCCUCCCUUUGCCCUGUAGCACGUCUCCGGAAUACAAACAGUCGUUUCUAACCUCCGUACAAUCAUCAAGACCGCUCGCUCGUCCAAUCGACGCAACAACACCCCACACCAAUCUAUCAAGAUGAAGACCUUCGUUCCCGCUCUCCUCGUCGCUCUGGCCGGUGUUGCCUCUGCUCAGCUUGCUGACCUGCCUCAGUGCUCGCUCCAGUGCUUCUUGACCGCAUUGGGCUCAGACGGCUGCUCCGAGCUCACCGACUUCAAGUGCCAUUGCGAGAAGUCCGAUGCCCUCCUCGCCUCCGUGACCCCCUGCGUGCAGGGCGCGUGCACUGCCGACGAGCAGGCCGAGGUGAUCAAGGGCGUCGAGAACACGUGCGCCUCCGCCGGUGUCACCAUUAGCGUGCCCGCGCCCAGCGCAACCGCGGCCCCCGAGUCAUCCUCCGCGGCCCCCGAGUCCAGCGCUGAGGCUUCCUCCACCGAGGCUGCCUCCUCCUCCGCUGCGCCCUCUUCGUACGAGGUCCCCGCCUCCACCUCCGCCGCUGCCAGCUCCUCCGUCUCGGCCGUGCCCCUGCCCUCCGCCAACGGCACCGUCCCCAGCUCCACCCCCGCACCCACCCAGUCUGAGUUCCCUGGCGCGGCUUCCCGUAUCGGUGCCGCCGCUGGCCUUGUCGGCGCUGCUGCCUUCGCUGUCUUCGCUUUGUAAAUACUGCAUUAGCGUUGCAUUGGCAUGGUAUUGCAUGCCACGGUAUCACAUGAUUGACGGCAUGGGAUGAUGGGCUGGGAAAAGGAACGUGUACAUGGCGCGCAGAGCCCGGUUACGAGAUCAUUAAUGGACAUGCAGCGAGGGGGCGAUCUCGUGUAUUAUACGAUACUAAAGAUGGCUUGCGGGUGCAAGUUGGGUAGUAAUGCAUUUUGUGCUCCUC